AUGAAGACCCAGCACCCACUCCCGGCCGCCGGAAAGCCGAUCGCCGCCCCAUACCCCCUCAUCGGCCUCCUCUCCCACGCGUUCCUCUUCGUCUCCGGCCUAACUCUAGGCAUCGUCCUCUGCUUCCACUACAAGACCUUCUCCUUCAACCUCCACGUCACCAACGGCCAGUUCUCCAUCUUCACAUCGCAGCCGCUCGCCGACCAGCAUCCGCCGCCGCCGCCGAUGUCGGAGCCGAACCGAACGGCGGCGGGAGGCGGCGCGGUGACGUGGACGGACUUUCUGGAGCCGCCGGGGGUGAUGCACGGGAUGACCGACCGGGAGCUGACGUGGCGGGCGUCGAUGGCGCCGAAGGCGGCGGGCUUCCGGCCGGGACGGCGGGCCAAGGUGGCGUUCAUGUUCCUGACACGUGGGCCCGUGGUUCUGGCGCCACUGUGGGAGAUGUUUUUCAAGGGGCACCGUGGGCUGUACUCGGUGUACGUGCACUCGGAUCCAAACUACAACGGGUCGGAGCCUGAAGGGUCCGUCUUUCACGGAAGGAGGAUUGAUAGUAAGGAAGUGAAAUGGGGGAACGUGAACAUGGUAGAGGCAGAGCGUCGGCAGUUGGCUCAUGCUCUCCUCGACGUAUCGAACGAGAGGUUCGUCCUCUUGUCGGAGUCGUGCAUCCCACUUUACAACUUCUCCACCGUCUACUCCUACCUCCUCGGCUCCAACUACACCUAUGUUGAGUCAUACGACCUCCCGGGCCCAGUGGGCCGCGGCCGCUACAACCCCAACAUGGCCCCGACCCUCCUCCUCACCCACUGGCGCAAGGGCUCUCAGUGGUUCACGAUCGACCGACACCUGGCACUUGAGGUCGUCUCUGACUCGAGCUACUUCUCAGCCUUCAAAAGCUAUUGCAACGGGUCGUGCUACGCGGACGAGCACUACCUUCCCACCCUCGUUGGGGGCGUGCUCUCGGGCGGGUUCGCGGAGAGGAACGCCAACCGAACACUGACGUGGGUCGACUGGUCGAGGGGAGGCCCCCACCCGGCUAAGUUCAUCCGCACGAGUGUGAACCCGGGUUUCCUCGAGUGGUUGAGGGGGGGAGGGGGGAGGAGGUGCGUGUACAACGGGAGGGUCACAGGCCGGUGCUACCUAUUCGCGAGAAAGUUCACGGCCGAUGCGUUGUAUAGGCUGAUCAGGUUUGCGCCUCGAGUCAUGCACUUCAGUAGGUAG